AAUUUCGGCGCCACUACUUUAACCAAAAAUCUCACGCGUUUCGAGAACGAAAGGCGUUCAUUUAACAACAGAGUUUGCCAGCCCUCGAUACAGUGACUGCUUGCUUGUGUUAACAGUUUGUUUGUGUACUCGACGUAUUAGAAGACGCUUCGAUUUUUAUCAAAUGGGGUAAGGGUCUUCUUCAGAGUUGAAAUGUCUUUUGUUUAAUCCGCAGAGUCCCCCUUCGUUUGUUCUUUCUUCGUGACGGUCCACGUUUGUGGGAUUUGCCCCGAGCGAGCGGCGCAGACAAGUCAAACCAAAUUGUAACAAGCGAUGUGACCAAACAAGAGGAUGAGAGGAUGAGCUAGUCUACAUUAUUCUUACAAGGUAUAAUUGCGUCAAGAACAUGAGGAAUAAUAGUCUCGAAGAUAAAACUUGAAUAUUUUGUGUUGCUUUUCUUGGAUACCUCUUCCAGGCUUUAAACUUUAUACAAUUGUUUUUGUGGUGGAUUGAACGACUUAGAUGGUUUCAACAUUUUGUUUGAUUUUGUUGAUUAUAAAAAAGGACAUCACUGUCGCUGUUUUCUUGCGGGCAUGUCUGUGGUGAUAGUCGAAAACAAUAGAUAAUUAUUAAAGUCGUGAACACUUAAAGAAGGAAACAUGUUAUGGAAACACUGAUAUUUGGAUUGGGAAAAAUAGAAGAUCAUUCAAGGAAACCUUCUGAGUCGGUCCUUGAAACAAAAAUUAAACCUGCUAACGGAUAGAAUCUUUCAAGAAUCAUGCCCUAAAAUGGAUAUAUAAGCAUGAACUGUUAUGACCUUUGGAUAACUCUUCAAGGGUGUAGUCUUCACUUCUUGUCUUUGGCAAUUAGCCAUCGUUAAGCUGUCUGUAUUCGAUGUUUUAAUUAGAAAUCAAAGCUGACGAACAUGUCAGUGGAACCCGCGAUGAGUCAACCACGAGACCCAACGCCAACUAAGGCUACGCGGGUUGCCAGUCGAGAGAGCAAUGAGCGGCAAGCCUGGAGUGAGUCGCCAUCAGACCGAACUCAACUACUUCCCGAGGCAAUUCGAUGCUCUUCUGAGAGCUUCGUCAACGAAAUGGUGAACGAUGACAAGAGUGGUACAACGACAGGUUCGAGCUUACCGUCACAUGAAGCAACUAAUAGCCAUGAUAGCGAACAUAUUUUGCCGAAUGAGGCAACAAGAGAAAACGAAUAUGAAGUUAAUUUGAAACCAAACAGGAGAGUGCCAGAUCUUUCUAAUGGAAAUGUUAAACCAAGUACAAAUUCUUCUGAACGAAAUGGACAAGACAUACUAUUAGAAAAGGAAAAGAUUAUAAAGGAUUCGAAAAAUUAUCUCGACUUAAUAGAUGAUUCCAAGUUUCUUCCUGCGCCGGUCAUCCAAGAUGGUGACUCCAAAGAGGCUGUUCAACUGGAUGAAUUCGCUUCUGCAUCAGAUCUUUCUACAGGUCCUACUUCAACCAAAGGUUUUUGGACAUCUAUCAAGGCGGUGAGUCGUUUAAAGUCAGGAGUCAAGUUAAGGGAAAAGAACAAGCGGAGGAAUAAAAAGGUUUCAACACAACGCGUUGACUCUUUCUUGGAGAAAUUCACCACGAGGCGAGGUGAUCUGACCAACUACCCCGAUGACGAGAAAGCCAAAAGCGAGGUUGUUGAAGACGAUGAUGAGGACGAGGAUGAGCAAACGAAGAUCAUCGUCUCACCGGAUAGUGAUUUCCUAAUAUAUUGGCUGACCAUUGUUAGCAUUGCCGUCAUGUAUAACUUUUGGGUGUUGAUCGCAAGGGAAGCAUGGCCCGAGCUGCAAGAAAAAGGUCGCAUUGCGUGGUUCGUCAUCGAUUACUUCUGUGAUUUUAUAUACAUUUUGGACAUCGUAGUCCAGGCCCGAACAGCCUAUCUCGAGCAAGGUCUCCUUGUCUUAGAUAGUAGAAGACUCCUGAGACAUUAUGUAAGAUCAUGGCAGUUUAUCAUCGAUAUUCUCUCACUCCUUCCAACCGACCUCUUUUACCUCCUGGAUACCAGUCGUCUGCAUCCAAUUGUCAGGUGUCCCAGAUACCUUCGAAUUUACAGAUUCCAUUUCUGGUACAUGAAAGUUGAGACUAGAACUCAAUUUCCAAACACAUUUCGUGUUAUCAACCUUACACACGUACUUUUAUUGCUUCUCCAUUGGGCUGGAGCAGCUUAUUUUCUCAUAUGCGAAGCCAUUGGUUUGACUUCAGAAUCAGAUGAGUGGGUUUAUGCUGGACCAGCAGGAAGAAAUGCUACCUUGCCUCACAAAUACCUUGCUUCGUUUUAUUGGUCGACAUUGACCUUGACAACGAUCGGCGACCUCCCUGCUCCCGACAACGAAAUUGAAUACUUUGUACAAAUUGUUGGAUAUCUGGUUGGUAUUUUCAUCUUCGCCACAAUUGUCGGGCAAGUCGGUGCUGUUAUUGAGAAUCGCAAUGCGACACGAAUGGAAUUUGAGCGUCAUGUGGACCACGCCAAGCGAUAUAUGCAGACAAAUAAUGUUCCAAGAGAUGUUCAGUUGAGGGUACUUAGAUGGUAUGACUACACAUGGACUCGUGGUGCUACACAAGGACGAGGUGAUGUCAAUUCAUUGGGGCUACUCCCAGACAAACAUCGCACAGAACUAGCUCUCCAUGUUAAUCUACAAACUCUCAAAAGGGUAUCAAUUCUAGAAGUGUGUCCCCCGGAGUUCCUUCAUGAUCUUGUCCUUAAGAUGCAUCUAUGUAUCUUUACUCCGGGUGAUUUGGUCUGUAGAAAAGGAGAAGUAGCUAGGGAGAUGUUCAUCAUCUCAGACGGUCUUCUAGAGGUUAUUGACGAAUCUGGUCGAGUAUUGGCCACUCUUAAAUCAGGAGACUACUUCGGAGAGAUUGGAAUUCUUGAUCUGGAAGGCACAAGCAACAGACGAAUGGCUGAUGUACUUUCUGUUGGAUACUCUGAGCUGUUCUCACUCUCUAAAGAUGACGUCUUGGGAGUGCUCAAGGAUUACCCAUCAGUAAAGACCGUGAUUGAGGAUGAAGCAAGGAGAAGACUCAAGACACAAAAGAUGAAUAAAGAAGAGUCUGACGAUCAUAACAACGUGGAUGCUACGGACAUCGACAAGGACAUCGACCGUGUUAGCAUCUUAUCAGAGCUAAGUAGUUUCAACGUUCCUCGGGAAAACAGAAGGGAUUCCACUAAGAAGGUAACUGGACAGGAAAGCCAACAGACGAGACGGAAUCGUGAGAGUAUUACAUCCCUUAACAUCCCCGUGGUUAAGAAACGAAGAGCUUCUGUUUAUGCAGGAUCUCCAGACGUCGCCAUCAAAGAGAUCAUGGCGAUGGUUGAGAAAGUUGUGGCAGAAAAAUUAAACUCUUUUGCUGAGAAUGCUCGAGUGCUGAGGGAGACUAAUAUGGAUAUGAGAGAGAAAAUCAGAUCACUACAGAAGGAAAAUGAUACCAAGACUUCAAAGAUUCAAGCUUUGGAAAAACGAGUCAAAGAAUUAGAAAACUAAUGUCAAACUUUCAAUGAUCAGAAGAGAAAAGGUUUUAUUUGACAAAUGGACGAUGCCAGUGUGUUUGAUGGGGGGGGGGGGGGGGGUGGGACAAGAUGAUUUUAAGAUGACGAUAUUCUCUCACUACUAACGAUGGCAGAUUUACAUGACACUCCUUGGACAUACGCGUAUUCAUUCCUUUUGUUUGUUUUAAUUUCAGUUUUUCCAUCAUGAAACUGAAUUUUGUGCAAGAUUAUGACCAUAGAAAACAUCCUGUAAGUGUAAUAUGGACUUUCAGGGAUUAACCAUAAUUGAACU